CAGCGAUUGAAAGCUGCAAUAUAUUAUACAACCUCAGAAAUCUGCACUGUUCUUGGAAGCAAGGCGGAUAUAACAAUCAAUAACAAAUUUGUGGCAGCUCUCACUGAGACUACUGUCAGAUACUUAGAAUGCCUUGGCAGGGAUUUAGAACUGUUUGCAAGGCAUGCUAAACGAACCCAAAUCAGUGUCGAUGAUGUCUUGUUGACAGCCAGAAAAUCACAAGAAUUGGUUAUUACAAAAUUUUUAUUUUCCUCUAUAAAUCAUUUAUUCUGCUUUCAAAUAUUGUAA